UCUUUACUCUUCGUUCUUCCCUUCCAUAGGCCUGGUGAUGAUAGGAGUGAUCAUUGGCUCCAGGAAGGUAGGGAUCAACCCGGACAACGUGGCCACCCCCAUUGCUGCCAGUCUGGGGGAUUUAAUCACUCUGUCCCUGCUGGCCACCGUCAGCACCAUACUGUAUGAAUAUAUAGACGUGUGGUACCUGUCCCCCCUGGUGUGUGUGCUCUUCCUGGCUCUGAUCCCCCUGUGGGUGGUGUUGGCGCGGCGCAGCCCCCAGAUCAGCGAGGUGCUCCGCUCAGGGUGGCAGCCUGUUUUAGUCGCCAUGUCCAUUAGCAGUUCUGACUGGGGACAGACAGCUGACCAGUCCCCGAAGACCUGA